AUGAGAUUUUAGUGCCUACAAUUGUGGACACUGGAGAAAACUCCCUGAUGGACUCAACAGCCCCUUUCAUGGUUGUUUCUUGAGAACUGGGUCAAGAUCCUCUCUGGUUGUGCCCAGGGACUUGAUGACACAAAGGACAGACAUGACCUCCCUGUGUCUCCUCUGGCUCUUAACCUUAGGCCUCACCCUGCUCACCAUGGCUCUCUGGAUCCGAUCGCUGCCUCUUCUGGCCCUUCUCGCUCUUUCUGGACCUGGGACCAGCCACGGGGCUGCCAACCAGCACCUCUGUGGCUCCCACUUGGUGGAGGCUCUCUACCUGGUGUGUGGAGAGCGGGGUUUCUUCUACUACCCCAAAGCCCGACGGGAUGUUGAGCAGCCUCUGGUGAGCGGUCCCUUGCACGGUGAGGUGGGAGAGCUGCCCUUCCAGCAGGAGGAGUUUGAGAAAGUGAAGAGAGGGAUUGUUGAGCAAUGCUGCCACAACACAUGCUCCCUCUACCAACUGGAAAACUACUGCAACUAGUGGUGAGGCCGGCGGUGGGGAGCUCGCAGGCCACAGGUAGAAACACGCACUUAUGCUAC